AGUCCGAGGAGGCUGAACAUGGCGGCUCCUCCUCCUUCUCCUCAGCCUUUCCCGCCUCUCCCUGACCCCGCCCCCGGUCGUAGUCUCCGCCCUCGUGCUGUCACCAUGGUGCCCGGUGGGGUGUGGAAGGCGCUGUGUACGGCGGUGGCGGUCUCGGUGGGGGCGGAGUUGUUGUUCCGGUAUUGGAGGAGGCAGAGGAAGGCGGUUAAGGAAGCUCUCUUCUUCCCGGUGCCGGUGAGCUGUAUGGAAGGAAUUCUGAGCCCCGGUCUCCGGUGCAUGUGUCCGCUCCCUCAUACUGACACGGACAGCGCCCUCCACCGGCUGAUGAGGCGCCUCCUGGAGGCCCGGAGGAGUGUGGAGCUCUGUAUCUUCGCCUUCUCCUAUCCUCCUCUGGGCCAGGCCGUCCUACUUCUCCACCAGAGAGGAGUCCGAGUCCGGGUCAUCACCGACAGAGACUACAUGGCGGCCUCCGGAUCCCAGAUAGGAGCUCUGAGGAAGGCCGGUAUUGUGGUUCGUCACAGUCAGUCUUCUGGUUUAAUGCACCAUAAGUUUGUGGUGGUAGAUAAAAAAUUUGUAAUAACCGGUUCCAUGAACUGGACCAUGCAGGCCAUGCAGGCGAACAAGGAGAAUCUUCUCAUGACAGAUGACAGAGUCUUUGUGUCUGCGUACCUGGAGGAGUUUGAGAGGCUUUGGGAGGAGUUUGACCCAGCCACCUACGAUUUCUUCCCAGAGUGAAAGAUAAGUGAUGGAGUUCCCUGAGUUUAAGAAGGUCUAUGGUGUGCCACGUCACCUUGGUUUUAAAAUUUCAAGUGAUUAUUUUUUUACAUGCAUUUUUUUUUUUUUUUACAUUCCGGUAAACUUCCAAAGGCUGCGCCUCUGAUCUGGGACAGGGUGUCAUUUCACCAUUAUCACACAGUGUUUUGUUAAAUAUUGGUUUUUAUGUUACUGUAAUCUGAAAAUGCGUUAUUGGGCCAGUCUUGUCAGCUCAGGGAUCUGUGGAUUAUUAUGAUUUGUUACAUCUAUAUGAAAUUUUCAAGUAAUUGAGGUAAAGAAUAUUUCAUAUACUGAAAA